AGGAACGGCUCCUCACCGCGCUUUCUGCCGCUAUUUCUCUUUAAGAUUUGCUCAAGCAAGGUGGUAGGGACGUGUAUGUAUUAUUUUAGUGUGCCGAUAAAUUAACUAUGGCUACAGGAGAACCCAAAAGCAAGAAAAUCAAACUUGAGGAACAGACGAUCGGUAAAAAUUCUCUCUUUGGCAUGGGAAAUCCUCUACUGGACAUGUGUGUUGUGGUGGACAAGGAUUUUCUUGACAAGUAUGGGCUCAAGCCAAAUGACCAGAUUUUAGCAGAAGAAAAACACAAGGAAAUGUUUGAAGAAAUAGUCAAGAGGUUUAAAGUGGAGUACCAUGCUGGCGGUGCCACCCAGAACGCUGUGAAAAUUGCCCAGUGGAUGAUCCAGAAGCCCCACAAAGUGGGCACUUUCUUCGGUUGCAUCGGCAAAGACGAGUUUGGAAAGAUUCUGAAGCAGAAGGCAGAAGAGUGCCAUGUGGACGCCCAUUACUACGAGCAGAGCAAAGAACCGACAGGGACCUGUGCCGCCUGCAUCACUGGAGACAACAGGUCUCUUAUUGCCAAUCUGGGAGCUGCCAACUGCUAUAAGAAAGACAAACAUCUGGACCUGGAGGAGAACUGGAAGCUGGUAGAAAAAGCAAAAGUCUACUACAUUGCUGGUUUCUUCUUGACCGUGUCCUUGGAGUCGAUCCUGAAGGUGGCGAAGCACGCCUCGGAGAACAACAAGAUCUUCUGCAUGAACCUGUCAGCUCCCUUCAUCAGCGAGCACUUUAAAGAUUCCCUAAUGAAGGUCAUGCCUUACGUGGACAUCCUGUUCGGCAACGAGGCGGAGGCUGCCACGUUCGCGCGCGAGCAGGGCUUCGAGACAGAGGACAUUGAGGAGAUUGCCAAGAAGACCCAAAGUUUAGCCAAGGAGAAUAAGAAAAGGCAGAGAAUCGUGGUCUUUACCCAGGGCAAGGAGGGCACCGUAAUGGCCAAAGGCGAAAAGGUGGAAACGUUCCCCGUCAUAGAGAUUGACCAGAAAGAUAUUGUGGACACCAAUGGAGCUGGAGAUGCGUUUGUAGGAGGUUUCCUGUCUGAGCUGGUUCAGGAUAAGUCUCUAGAGCAGUGUAUCCGUGCUGGACACUAUGCUGCUAACGUCAUCAUUAGACACUCAGGCUGUACGUUUCCAGAGAAGCCUGACUUCCACUGAGAGACGAGUGAACUUUGCCACCCCAGUGUUAUGGGACUGAUGCCUUCCUCCCAGUGUUUAAUUGACUUUUUUUUCCCUUCUUCCUUUGAUCCUCGGUUCUCCCUUUCCCUUCUCGCAUUCAGACUUCUGUGCCUCUGCCUCACAGCAGCCAGUCCCAUAACAUGAUGUAAUCACAGACCUUUUACUUAAUACCAAUCUAAUGUUUACAAUAUAAGCAACAACCCAAUUCUAUAAACUGAAAAAAAAUGCUUUUACUGGUUUUUUUUUUUGUUGUUUUUUUUUUUGUUCCCUGCAUGUCAAACAUACACAUAAGUCACGUGCAGUGACAGUGACCAUUUUGUCUCUAUCUGAGCAGGACACAAAUUUUUUUAAACACC